GAAAAAAUGGCUGGAGGCAUCGGAAAAUGCAGCAAGAUACGGCACAUUGUGAAGCUGAGACAGCUGCUCCGACAAUGGCGGAGCAAAGCGCGACUGUCGUCUCUCAGACGCACUGUGCCGUCCGAUGUCCCAUCAGGGUACGUGGCAGUCCACGUUGGAACCAGUUGCAGGAGAUUUGUGGUGCGUGCCUCGCAUCUGAACCACCCCAUCAUCAAGAGUCUCUUGGCCAAAGCGGAAGAUGAGUUCGGGUUUGCGAAUAAGGGUCCGUUGGUUAUCCCAUGUGAAGAGUCGGUUUUUGAGGAAUCUAUUCGGUUAAUAAACCGGUCGUGUCGGUUCACUUGUACCGAUGAUGUAAAGAAGAACCGUCACGGUGGCACUAGGAGCAAGCUGGAUCGUUUGAUUGAGUCUCGGCCGUUGCUUCACAGUGUCUCCGAGAAGACUUUCAUUUGGUGACCAUUUGAUCCCGUUUUGAAUCGGGUCCUUGGUGUCGGAUACGCAGGAGAUGGCCG